UCUUGACACGGUGUGUGAUUUGGCGAAGACCAGGCCAGGAUGACGUCUCGCAGUAGGGCCUCCAAGCGGGAGCCCCCCAGAGCCCCCCGCGACGAGUACGAGGAGGUCUUCGCCGAGAUCACGACCAAGUUGUACGGGGAGCCGGUGAAGAAGAUCGCGAGGGAUGUCAAGACGGAGGACGAGGGCGAGGAAGGGGAAGACAUGCUCGUGGAUCGCAACAGCGACGACCGUCCCGCCUCUCCCGACCUGUCGCAUUCCAAGCUCCUCAAUGGCACUGAGGUCCAGGUGGGAGACGUGCUGCUGCCGGAGCUGGCGGGUCUCCUCCGCCGCAAUCGCGUCCUCCACUCGGGGGAGAACUGGUUCGAGAACGAGCACACGCUUCCGUGGACGACGUCCAAGAUCGCCCAGUUCCAUUGCGGGCAGAAGGUGUUCCGGUGCAUCGAGUGUCAGGCGUUCGUCGGGCUGUUGAUGCGGGUCGCCGAGCACUGGCUCGGCACCCACACGGAUCUCAAGGCCUUUCAGUGUCCACACUGUCCAUAUGACAGCGCCUGGUAUAGAUGCGUGCGGAUGCAUUUCAACCGUGCCCACGAUCCGAACUGGAAUCUCCCCGAGACCGACAUGUGGAAGGCAUCUGGGGUCUUGAGCAGCGUGUCGUCGUACCUCCAGCGCCUGAAGUCCAUCGUAGAGUCUCACGUGACGACCGGCUCCCCUUCCUCUCCCGACGGCAGCGGGCCGAACGCCGCCGGAAAGCGUUACUGGUGCUCCUACUGCCCCUAUGCCACCGACCGGCGGGACCUGUACACUCGGCACGAGAACAUCCACAAGGAGGAGAAGCCUUUCCACUGCUACGUCUGCUUCAAGCAGUUCAACCGAGCCGACCACGUCAAGAAGCAUUUCCUUCGCAUCCAUCGGGACUUGGACUAUGAUACGACCAAGAUCAGACGAGAUCCAAACGCAUUGCCACUGAGCAUCGGCGUGGAGCCCGAAGACCUGAGCGCCGCCGAGGGAGGCGGAUCCAACUCCUCGGGGUCCCUCGUGGUGACCCCGAAGGUCCCGGUGAAGACGUCCAAGAUCCCGAGCAGCAAGAUGAGGAUCAAGGAGGACAAGAGCCAUCGCAGCACAAAAGUUGUACCCUCCAAGAUCAAGCAGGAGCCUGUGUCACAGAGCGAGGAAGAGGCGAAGGCCGGGGACGAGGGCGGGACCAGCGGGAAGGACAAGGAAGGGACGAAGCUGUGGUGCCACAUGUGCGCCUGGACGGGGACGGACUCUUGGUCCCUCAAACGCCACAUCUACACCCACACGAAGCCGUUCAUGUGUCCGCUGUGCCUGUACCGUGCGUCGCGGCGGGAGCGUCUCCUCGUCCACGUGGGACGCGUGCACGACAAGCGCAUCUGCACCCGCUGCAACCUCCUUGCCGACUCUCAGCUCGAGAUAGAUAUUCACAUCCAGCGUGAACAUAAAAACUCCAAGCGGUCAACAAACCAUCUGUGCCUGGAAUGUGGGAAAGUCUUCCCCUCGCAGCUCGACUUCGAGAUGCAUGCUGUGAUGGCGCACCCACGUGCAACUGCAUCUGCCAAAUGCGACACGUGCGACUUCUCCGCCGAGGACACGUCUCAGUUGGAGCUCCAUCGUCGAGAAGUACACGGAAACAAUCCAGACGGAGAGGCGCUGAGCUGCAGCUGCUCCGGUUGCGGCUGCACAUUCACCGACGAAGUUUCACUGCGCAGUCACAUGGAUGCUGAGCACAAAGGCGAGGCGGUGGCUCCGAUCCCCCUGUUCAACUGUACCCUUUGCCCCUUCUCCUGCUCCACCCAGAACCUCAUGAUGGAGCACAUGCGAAUUCAUUCUGGACAGGCACUGGAGUGUCUGGCAGAGGAGUGUACGUUCACGACCCCGUUCUCGGCUGUGCUCAAGGACCACAUCACCAAGACCCACACCGGUGACAUGAAAUACGUCAUCCGCUGCCUUCACUGCGGCCUCCGUAUCUCCACCCUCGACUCCUUCCUCACCCACAACCGGACGUGCCACCACCCAGAUCGCGGCGAGGACGAAUUCGGUUGCCCCCUGUGCACCAAAGUCCUCCGGCUUCACUUCGGACUCCGGGAUGCCCUUCCCACGUCCCUGGAAUUGUACAAGCAGACGGGCACGGUAUUGGAGUCGCUGUUCGGAGACGUCCCGGCCGACUCGGGUCAGAUGGAGAUCCGGGUCACCUUGACUCGAUCGAGUCGACGGUCUCGGAAGCAGAGCACCCCGAAGAAGGUGUCAGUGGCCAAUAUUCAGGUUGUGCCAGACUUGAAGCCUCUUCCGAUUGCGUCGGCCUUGGGUCAGAGGUCGCAUCGGAGUCGGAGGAGGUUUCGAUGCGGCCGGUGCGACCCGGGUCAGCGGCGACCGGUAUCCUAUGCCCGGCGACCCGGUCUCCUCCUGCACCGAUUCUGGUUCCAUGCUCCCAAGUGCAAACGUUGUGAUAAGCGAUUCAGGUAUUGGUGUGAGUCCGGUCGGCACGAGUGUAAACGCAAGAAACCCUAGCCUCUCCCGCCCCUCCCUUUCAUCUUUUUACCUCUAUCCGGUGCAAACAUUCCAGUCCCUCGUCCAUUGAGGUAUCCACACAUCUCGCACAGUCGAGCUCCAGUGGAAUUUCCCCCUAAAGGUUUUUUUUUUUUUUGCAAGAGUAUGGUGGGAAAUUUGAAAUCACGAGUGCCUUGUCGAUUUUUUUUUUGUCCUCCCGAGUGAACGAUCUGCUGAGUUUGCAAAUUCUGCAAAUGCUGAAACCGGUGUAUGGUCUGAGAGUGAGGAAAGUUUUCCUUUCCUAUUUUAUCCCCGAUGUUGAUUGAUGUGAUCGAUGGAAAGAGGAUUAAGCUUGGAGAGGCAUUCACGACAAGAGAGUACAAAUCUACCCGAGUGGACUCGAAUCCCGGUUUUCAUCCACGCGACUGGUGAACAGAGUGUGCAUGUUGUUGAGAGUGCAAAUUUGCCAAUUUUUUUGGUUGUGCUGUGCAACUGCUUUAUCUCCCUUUCCCCUUUCCCGGUUUUCAACUGUGACUACAGGAAGAUUUCUAGUGUCUUUUAGACCCGUGUGCAACGGCAAUCGAUUCCCCCCCAACCGGUGAUUCUCAAAUUAGAUGAAGUUCUGCAAAAAAAAACAUUUCAGUUACUGUUUAUGCAAAUGUGUGCAUGUGAGAGGAGGAUUUUAUGCUAGGCUCAGGGAUCCCAAUGCCCAGACAAGAACUGUCUUCCGUGUGUUUCCUUCAUGGAGCCAGUAAAAAGAUUUUUUUUUCCAAUUUUUAAGUGCAAGAAAUUUUAUGUUAGCCAAAUCCAGUCUUUGGAUUAGUUUUAAUCCCUGUAUUCAGUUAAACCAUGGCAUCACAUUGUGAUACAGUCCCCCGCACGUUUGACCACUCGCAUAUACCCAACCAAACCUAAGUUAUGUUUCUAUUCUGGAUAGGGAGAAGCCAUAUAUGUUUGAGCAACCAUUUCGGACCAUGUUCACCUUGCCCUUCCUGUUUCUUCAAGCCUUUUUUUCUCAACUUGUAAUAAAUGGAAGCUUAUCCAACUUCUUGACA